GGUGCCUCGGGACAACACGACGCUCACCCUAUCGCGGGUGGCACGAACGAAGCGUCACACAUCCGAAGGUUCUGUGCUCAGGCAAGAGAUAACUGUUGCUGACUGCUGCUGUUGCUGCUGCUGCUGCUGCUGCUGCUGGUACGGGGUCUAGGGUUCUAGGGCUUACGACGACUGGGGAAUACCUGAAGAAUCGAAACCCGCCGAUUUGUCCAUCUGCUGUGCCGAGUCGAGGACUGGGAAGCGGAUGGUGAUUCCCCCUGCAGAGAAGGGAGACAAAUAUCGGAGAUACGAGCAAGGGACUUCACGCAGAGGAGAGUCUGAAAAAGGAAAGGGGGGCCAACCAACACAACAACUCGAGCUCGAUUCUCUUUUUUGGUUUUAUAGCUUCUUAACGACUGAGAACUGUAAAGGGCAGACUAAAAUAGGAGUGGAAACUCUAGGAGCGUGACCUUUAGACAGAACGAAGGAAGUCUUUAUUGUGAAAUCUUUUGUCAAAGUGUAUCGUCGUUCAAGAGAGGAGGCAAUAAUUAUGGUGUAUUUGCGUAAUUUCGGCAGGUGGGCGUGGGCGUGUCCAGUUUUCUGUUUGCUCCUUGCUUCAGUCCUCAGUUCGUCACAAGCGAAGCAGUCGACUGGCCAAUCGGCGCCCUCACACUCAGACCAGACUUCCAACAAUGCGUCGGCCGAACUCGCCGCGAAGGGUCAAACUGGAGACGACGGAUCAGGAGAGGUGGACGCUGGUGUCCCAUUGAUGUCCCUGGAUGACGUCUUAGCCACAGAGACUGCGCCACAUUUAGUUGUCAAGGACUCUGAUGGGAAUCCUUGUCUCUUAGCAACCCUUAACGCUACGAUGAAAGUUUCGUAUCGUGUUCCUGAAGUAAUAGUUCAUGAAACGUACCUAGCAAUGGCGGACAUCCAGCUGCCAGAGGACGUGCAAGCCCAGGGCGUGUGUGGGGAGAACGUGACCCACUUGCUACUCCACUGGGGCAACGGUACCUUCCACGUCAACCUGACGUUCACCAGGAAGCAGUAGAGUACUGCUCGGAGCGGGACGAUUCUGGAACUGACGAGGACAUUCUCAUCCCACUCAUCAUCGCUUGCUGCCUCAGCGUCAUCGUCAUUCUCGUUGUUAUCGGUUACGUCAUCAGCAGAAAAGUGCAGGAGGCCAGAGAACAGUCGGAGUACAGGCCUAUGCCGUGAGAUGUCUGAGAUGUCUGACGUCGCAAGACAUGGGCAAGAUGCAUUAUCUCUUUGGACCGGAACUUACCCUAUGUUAAAGACACUAGUCUUUUUUUUUUUCUUAAACAAAAAAAAAAAAAAAAACAAAAAAAACCACUGAAAAAAUAUCUUCAAGAUCAGAAAGUUAUUCUGUGAUGUUCGAAAAUCUCAGCAUUAAUUAAAAUGGAGAAUGUAAUCUAUUUCUGCAAACUAGCAAGAUAAAAUUGAUCAUAAUUUGUUUUUUAAUAACUCGAAUUAUUAUGACAAGACAGGUAGAAAAUUAAUAAUGUACUUUCCCUCAGGAAGAACCUAUGUUGAAGAGAAUGAAGAACAACUUUAAAGGAAAAAAUUCGUUUUUCUUUACCUUCAAAAAGUACAAGCAGGUUGAAAAUUAAAAGAAAUAAUACACUUUAAGCGAAAUUGUUCUACCCAUUAAAUUUAUGUAGUAAUGUCUUUCUGUAAUCAAGAUACUAUUUAUAUCCUUUUUUAAGAUGCAGAAAGGCCAUUGGAAUAUAUUUGGCAUUAUGAAGAAGGGAAAUGCAACAGGUUCUCACAGACGUAGAUAAUUUUGCUCAAGGAAUCAUGAGAAUAUAAAUAUUAUUAUUAAAGCACAGCUAUUGACAAGGAUUGAAAGGCUGUACUGUA